AUGCCUACACUGGAGGAGUAUUAUUAUCUGUUGGAUUUACCUAUUACCGAUCAUGUUCCUUUUACUGGUUUGGAGGUUGAGCCAAAAUCAAAUGCGAUUGCUACUUUAAUUCAUCUGGGGAAGUCUGAGGUUGAAGCCCAUGUGACUACUAAAGGAGGGAUUAGAGGAUUACCAACUCAGUUCUUAUUGGAGAAAGCUCGUUACUUUUCCAGGAUGAAGAGUACAUACGCUUUUGAGGCCAUCUUCACUCUACUUGCUUACGGGUUGUUCUUAUUUCUUAAUGUGGACAAGUUUGUUGACGUUAAUUCUAUCAGGAUCUUCAUGAUUGGAAAUCCAGUUCCUACAUUGCUGGGUGAUGCUUAUUACUCUAUUUAUCUUCAGAAUUCUUAUCACGGGGGGAUGAUUAUCUGUUACACGCCUCUGUUGUACCGGUGGUUUAUUUCUCAUAUGCCUCAGUCUGAUGCUUUCUGGGAUGUCAGGAAAGAACCCCGUUGGGCUCCUAAGAUCAUGGUACUUACUCACUCGCAUAUUGAUUGGUACCAUCGAGUUUACCAGGAUGUAGAGAUUGUCGACAGCUGUGGUAGUUUCCCCAAUGUACCUCUUCUUGGUACAAAGGGAGGAAUUAACUACAACCCCGUUCUUGCACGACAACAACUUGGUUAUCCAAUGAGGGAUAAACCAAAUAUUAUUCAUUUGAGUAGUUUCUUUCUGAAGGAGGGAGAAGACCAUAAGGAAGCUAGGGAGAAGAUUGUGAAGGCCUGGUCUCACAUUCAUAAGAAGAGUAGGAAAGAUUUGGGACCCAGGGGGCUGUUUCUUUGGAGCCAUAUCUUCAGUGGGUUCAAGUGA